AUGCCCACCCCAGGCACCACCACCAUCGAUGCACUGCCCGACGCGCUGCUGGGCCGCGUGAUGGCUCUGGCGCGCGACGACACUGGGGAUGACAUGAGGCUGACGUGCAAGCGGUGGAACCGCGCUUUCAAUGCCGAGCCCGCGAUGUGGCGCGGCCUGCACAUCUGUGUCGCCAAAAUGCUGAAGUUGCGCAUGCAGCCGGAGCGGCACGAGUGGCUGGCAGCCCAGCGCCUGCUGCGGCAUGUGGGGGGCAUGGUGGUGGAGCUUUCUCUGGAGUACGACUCUCAAGAUCCCGCAGACCCUGCCUCCCUGGCAGACGUGAUGCAGCUGUGCCGCCAGCUCAGCCAGCUGGCGGUCCUGGACGUUGCGUGGAGGCAGCAGCCGCUGCCAGAGGUUGUGGCCCAGCUGCUGCCUUGCCUCACCGCCUUGACCCAGCUGCAGCUCACAAGCAUGGGGCUGCCAGUCUAUGCGGCCGAUGCACUGAGCAGGCUCGUGCAGCUGUGCAACCUGAGCUGCCAUGCCGACGGCGGAACAGUGGAGGACAGCUUGCCCAGCCCAAUCAUUGAGGCAAUGGCACACCUCACUGCGCUCAGCAGCCUAGGGCUGCGGUGCACGCUGCUGCCAGCGGCCAUAGGCGGCGCCCUCCGCCAGAUGCAGCUGUGCAGCCUGCAUCUGGCUGCAGACGGCAUCCACCGGGACUUCUUUGACGACCACGCACUUGCGCAUCUAACGCGCCUAACCACCCUUCAGCUGCUGUGUGCCACUUUGCCACCGGCCACGGCAGGCAUCCUCAGUCAACUUCGGCUGAGCAGCCUGGAUCUGGCUGCAAACAGCCUUGCAGAUGUCUUUGGCAGCAUCCUGCUGGUGAGCAGCCUGACGCUGCUGGAGAUGACCUCGUGGCAGCAGCGGCUGCCACCUGACAUCAGCCGGCUGACCCGGUUGAGGGGGCUGCGGGAGCUCCACCUUUUUGAGGGCGAGCCUCUCCCCGACGCAGAUGUCAACCUCAUAGACGCACUGGUUUCUCCGUGCACCCCGCUGGAGGAGCUGGAGCUCCGUGGCAGCAAGAUAGACUGGCAAGACUCAACCCGUCUGUCAGGACUGCUAGCUUUGGAGAUUGACGGUAAGAGCAGCAUCACCAUGGCCGACAUGGAGCUGUCAGCGCUGCAAGUGGUGGAGGCCAGCGGGGGGGCACACCAUCACGGCACCCAGCUGAUCAGCUUGUCCGAUAGCAAGCUGCCGGCACUGCAGAAGCUGGUGGUGCACAGCUACAGCCAAGUCAGAUUCGCACAUGUGGAGGUGCCAGCCCUCUGCGCAAUACAGUUGUAUGCCUGCGCCCGCAUUGAAGUGAUGGGCGUCGAGCUGCCAGCGCUGCGCAUGCUGCACCUGAGGAAUAGCUGGAGCAGCAUGCAGCAACUGCUCCAGCAUGUCGCGCAGCAGGCGCCUCAACUCUCAGAUCUGGAGAUUGUGAGCUUUGGUCGCAAACUGGCCGCCGACCCAGAGAUGUCUCUCGCGUGGCUGGCGGGCAUGCGCUGCCUGUCGAAGCUGACCGUUAAGGUCGCUGUGCCUGUUGAGCUUCCCAGUGGCCCGUACCUGUCAGGCCUAAAGGAGCACCUCGGCGCCGCCGGCUUCACUCGCCUGCCGCCGGCGCUGACGGCUGCCACCCACCUGCACAGCCUGGGAUUUUCCGACACUGCCAGCAGCAUGCGCAUCACCCGUGACGAUGUGAACAGCAUCCUGGCGCACAUGGGGCAGCUGCGACAGCUGCGCUGCACGAAUGUAGAGACAUGGGGUGCCCUGAUGAAGCCCCCUGUGCUGCUGCACCUGUUCAGCAGUAUGCCGCAGCUAAUCGUCCCUGAGGACUGGGAUUGA